AUGAACAGCGCACUGCCAUACAACUCGCUGCCUGGCCACCCGAGCCCCAGCACCGCCCACUGGGAGGGAGACGCUGCACGGAGACUCUCCUCUCCCCGGGCGCUCAGCCUCCUGCGUCCCCCCGCGCUGCCCCGUCGACCCUCGGCACCACCCGGGAUCCUGCUCUCACCAUUCCAGCAACAGCAGCAGCAGCAGGAACGCCUCUCUGUGUCGCUGUGCUCCGAGGCCUCGCUGGCGCCCCCGCCCCCACCUAGGGCAGCCCCGUGCUGCGCAGCCACGGGUACCACAGCCCUCCUGCGCCUGGGCCUCCUGCUCUUCAGCUGCCUCUUCUGGGCAGCUGGACUCGUGGUCCUCACCUUGGGAGUGUGGGCGCAAGUCUCCCUGGCUGACUACAUGCUGCUGUCAGCAAACAGCUACCCCAAUGCUGCGACCGUCCUGCUGGUGACAGGCGCCGCUGUCACCGCCUGGGGUUUCCUGGGCUGCCUGGGGGCUGCCGCCGAACUGCCCUGCCUGCUGCGCGCCUACGGCCUCUUCCAGCUCGCCGCCCUAGUGGCAGGGCUGGCUGCUGGCCUCUCGGGGCUCUUCUACCGCCAGGACAUCGCCGAGGGCUUCCGCAGUGGCCUGCAGCAGGCAGUGGCGGCAUAUGUGGAGGACGACAGCCGAGCUAACGCCCUGGAUAGCCUGCAGAGGGCGCUGGAGUGCUGUGGAGCUGAGGACUGGAGGGACUGGCUAUCCUCAGAAUGGUUGGCCCCGGACACCCGCUCGGACAACGCCUCCUCUGGCUCUGUGCCGGACAGCUGCUGCAUACGCCGCAAGGGCUGCAGGAAUCGGCCCCUGCCUGCAGGAGGCAGCAGCACAGCCGAGGAGGCCCGCAUCCAUCCCGACGGCUGCUUCCGCAAGGUUUUCAGCGUUGUCAAUGAUAAUGUGUUCCACAUUGCCGCCACCGUACUUGCCCUGGCCUUCACCCAAACUGCAGGCAUCGCCCUGGCCUGCCUCCUAGCCAAUCGGCUCGUCCCUAGAGCACGGCGCGAGAGGGGCCACUGA